AGUGCGCAGGUGCGCAGACGGCAGCCCUGAGUCGAGCGGGUGGGAGACGAUAUAAAAACAAAAAUAGCUGGAAAAACUCAGCAGGUCUGACAGCGUCUGCGGAGAGGAAGACAGUUAAACGUUUCGAGUCCGUAUGACUGUUCACCAGAACUAUGGAAAAAUAGCAUGCCAGCUUAGCCCAGCUAGAGAUACUGUGUAAACAGCUCUAUGAAACCACUGACACAUCGACUCGCCUGCAGGCGGAGAAGGCCCUGGUUGAAUUCACUAAUAGCCCAGACUGUCUGAGCAGAUGCCAAUUGCUCCUAGAAAGAGGAAGUUCGUCAUAUUCGCAGUUGUUGGCGGCAACCUGCCUUACAAAGCUAGUGUCACGAACGAAUAACCCUUUGCCUUUAGAACAACGCACCGACAUACGAAACUAUGUCUUGAAUUACUUGGCCACUAGGCCAAAGCUGGCAAACUUUGUAACACAAGCCCUCAUCCAGCUGUUUGCCAGAAUCACCAAACUGGGCUGGUUUGACUGCCAGAAGGAUGAGUACGUGUUCAGGAACGUCAUUGCAGAUGUCACGAGAUUCUUGCAGGACAGCGUUGAGCACUGUGUCAUAGGAGUAAUGAUUCUUUCCCAGUUAACAAAUGAAAUAAACCAGGCUGACACUACACACCCACUGACAAAACAUAGGAAAAUUGCAUCAUCGUUUAGAGACACGUCACUAUUUGAUAUCUUCACACUUUCGUGCAAUUUACUAAAGCAGGCAUCUGGAAAGAGCUUGAAUCUGAAUGACGAAAGUCAGCAUGGUCUCCUCAUGCAACUUCUCAAAUUGGCUCACAACUGCCUCAACUUUGACUUCAUUGGUACAUCGACGGAUGAGUCCUCAGAUGACCUCUGUACUGUCCAGAUUCCAACCAGCUGGAGGUCAGCUUUCCUGGAUUCGUCAACUUUGCAGUUGUUUUUCGACUUGUACCAUUCCAUCCCUCCAUCACUGUCCCCUCUGGUGUUAUCUUGUUUAGUACAGAUAGCUUCGGUCCGGAGAUCACUAUUUAACAACGCAGAAAGAGCAAAGUUCCUGUCUCACUUAGUGGACGGAGUGAAGAGGAUAUUAGAAAACCCACAGGGCUUGUCCGACCCGAACAAUUACCAUGAGUUCUGCAGGUUAUUGGCUCGGUUGAAGAGUAACUAUCAGCUGGGAGAGCUGGUGAAAGUGGAAAACUAUCCUGAGGUCAUCCGGCUGGUAGCUAAUUUCACUGUGACCAGUCUUCAGCACUGGGAAUUUGCCCCAAACAGUGUACACUACCUACUUAGCUUGUGGCAGCGUUUGGCUGCCUCUGUACCUUAUGUCAAAGCCACAGAACCACACAUGUUGGAAACGUAUACACCUGAAGUCACAAAAGCAUACAUCACCUCCAGACUAGAAUCUAUUCAUAUCAUUCUGAGGGACGGGUUGGAAGACCCGCUGGACGACACUGGUCUAGUUCAGCAACAGCUGGACCAACUGUCCACCAUCGGCCGCUGUGAGUAUGAGAAGACAUGUGCUCUGUUGGUGCAACUCUUCGAUCAGUCAGCACAGACCUACCAGGAGUUGUUGCAGAGUGCAAAUGCCAGUGCUAUCGACAUUGCUGUACAGGAAGGUCGUUUGACGUGGCUGGUGUACAUUAUUGGGGCUGUGAUUGGGGGCAGAGUUUCCUUUGCAAGUACAGACGAACAGGAUUCAAUGGAUGGAGAACUAGUUUGCCGUGUUUUACAGCUGAUGAACUUGACUGACUCUCGACUGGCUCAGGCAGGCAAUGAGAAGCUGGAACUGGCCAUGCUCAGCUUCUUUGAGCAGUUUCGGAAGAUUUACAUCGGAGAUCAGGUCCAAAAAUCCUCAAAGUUGUAUCGUAGGCUGUCUGAGGUCCUGGGGCUAAACGAUGAGACAAUGGUCCUGAGCGUUUUCAUCGGAAAAAUAAUUACCAACCUGAAGUUCUGGGGAAGGUGUGAGCCAAUCACGUCAAAGACACUUCAGCUUCUGAAUGAUCUCUCCAUAGGAUACAGCAGCGUGAGGAAGCUGGUGAAACUCACUGCUGUUCAGUUCAUGCUGAACAAUCACACAAGUGAACACUUUUCAUUCCUGGGCAUCAAUAACCAAUCAAACCUGAGUGACAUGCGUUGCCGCACCACCUUCUACACAGCACUUGGACGAUUGCUUAUGGUUGAUCUAGGUGAGGAUGAAGACCAGUUUGAGCAAUUCAUGCUCCCCUUAACUGCGGCAUUUGAAACAGUGGCACAAAUGUUUAAUUCAAACACAUUCAAUGAACAAGAUGCUAAGCGAACACUGGUUGGCCUGGUGAGAGAUCUGAGGGGAAUUGCCUUUGCCUUCAAUGCUAAGACCAGCUUUAUGAUGUUGUUUGACUGGAUCUAUCCCACCUACAUGCCAAUACUACAGCGUGUUGUUGAACUUUGGUAUCAUGACCCAGCCUGUACCACGCCCAUCCUCAAACUGAUGGCUGAACUGGUCCACAACAGGUCACAGCGGCUGCAGUUUGAUGUGUCUUCUCCAAAUGGGAUCCUCCUUUUUCGAGAGACCAGUAAAAUGAUUACAACCUACGGUAACCGUAUCCUCACCUUGGGAGAGGUGCCAAAGGACCAAGUUUACGGAUUGAAGUUGAAGGGAAUUUCCAUUUGCUUCUCCAUGUUGAAGGCAGCUCUCAGUGGCAACUACGUUAACUUUGGGGUCUUCCGUCUAUAUGGUGACGAUGCCCUUGACAAUGCUUUGCAAACAUUCAUUAAGCUACUCCUAUCAAUCCCUCACAGUGACCUACUGGAUUAUCCCAAGCUCAGUCAGUCCUACUAUUCCUUGUUAGAAGUUCUCACCCAGGACCACAUGAACUUUAUUGCCAGCCUGGAACCUCAUGUUAUCAUGUACAUUCUCUCCUCUAUUUCAGAAGGUCUUACUGCACUGGACACAAUGGUGUGUACAGGUUGCUGCUCAAGUCUGGACCACAUUGUAACAUACCUCUUCAAGCAGCUGUCUCGCAGCACAAAGAAACGAACAACACCGCUAUCCCAGGAGAGUGACCGCUUCCUACACAUCAUGCAGCAGCACCCUGAAAUGAUUCAGCAGAUGCUGUCCACAGUUCUGAACAUUAUCAUCUUUGAAGACUGCAGAAAUCAGUGGUCCAUGUCACGCCCGCUGCUUGGAUUAAUUCUCCUAAAUGAAAAGUAUUUUGCUGAUUUGAGGAACAGCAUAGUGAACAGCCAACCUCCAGAGAAGCAACAAGCCAUGCACCUCUGCUUUGAGAACCUGAUGGAAGGGAUUGAACGCAACUUACUGACCAAGAACAGAGACAGAUUCACCCAGAACCUCUCGGUGUUUCGUAGAGAAGUGAACGACUCAAUGAAGAACUCGACGUACGGUGUCAACAGCAGCGACAUGAUGAGCUGACGCAUGUCUGAAUCUCACCUCCCACGUGGUUGGAAGGGGUCAAGGAAGGGAGGGAAGUGCAUCUGUGAUGUUACACGGGAGGCGGUGGGGGGGGGGGGUGGAGGGAAGAGGCAGAGUUCAGUCGGACAGCUCCCAGGGGUCGCAGGUACAAGGGCAGCGCCCACAGCUUCCCCCCUCCUCAAUUCCCCAACAUCGGACUGCAGGACUUGUCACUGUCCCUCCCUUCGAUAACAAAAUUAUGGCAGCGAGUGCUUUUGUGUUCUCGCCCCCUCAUCUGCCUUGUAUAAACUUGUACAUUUUUUUUUCUUAAGACAUUUUGAACAAUGUUUAUAUGAAAUCAAUUAAAAGAGAGAGAGAAACGAAA